UAGGACUAAAUGGAAAUGUGAUAAUAAGACAUUAAAGUAAUGAAUGAUUCGCGGGUCAAUUUAAACAAAUGAGGUUGUGUUUAAUUCUCAAUAAAUAAACAUAGUGUAUUAACAUUGUUUAAGAUGAAUAUUAGGUGGAAGAUCUUGUAUAAAAGUGCGGUGAGCCCUGAUUUUAGUACAUUUUGUGAAAAACUUUCAUUUCACUAACACAAUGGACCUUUUUGCUUUGAUCCGGAAUAUCCUUGGUGUUGCGUCUAUGGUUUUGAUUUCGUGUCCAAACGAAAGCGAAGGUUUCGUGGCUAUUAGUUGGCCUAAAGGCGCUACCAGACCUGUGCUUUGGCGAGAAGUGUACUACCCAUACAACAUGGCCGGAGAACCUUUAAUGAAACGACAGGAGGCGGACGAAACAGAGGCACCAAAGUUUGAGAAGAUAAUUCAUGACAAAACCUUACCUACCUCCUCCUAUGAAGAUACGGAGGUCUUCAACGGACCAGAAGCUUUUGAAGCUGAUCUGAAUGACGACAGUUCCACUAAGAAGACGGAAGAGGACCAAAACGACGAAGAACAAAACGGUGAACCGGAAAACUAAAGACCCAAACGAAAAAUAUAGGAUGAAGCUUCCAGAAACAUAGAUGAAAGUAUUUACGUUAUAAUUAUUUAAAUUAUUAUUUUAAUAUAGAAUCUAACAAACACUAUAAUGGAACCAUCUAAUGAGUAGUCAAAACGUAGAUUUUAUUGUAUUAGAAUGUUAUCUAUGAAGAUUUAAAAGUAUUAAUAUAAUUAAUACAUAUUUAUUUGUAGCAAUAGGGUAGCAACUUUUAAGUUGUAGCUUGCUGUGAAGUCAAAGUCAUAUUUAAAUAAUAUAUUAUUCCAAUAGUUAUUUGUAUUACAAAUGAAAAGUUGUUGCUUGCUGAGAGCUCACUGUUUCUGCUAGUCAAUGUAAGUUUAUAAGUUAUACCUAUUAUUGUUAUUUUGUUAAUGCCAAUAUUUCAAUAGUCAGUCCACUUUUAUAUUUGAAAUAUAUAUGAUAAGUUUUUAGUAUAUUAUAAAUGUGUACUAAAUCUGUCAAACUGGCAUAAUAUUUAGACUGGAAAUUAUUUUUUUUAAACUAUCAAGAACCCCAUAUGUAUGAGUCAUGUCAAAUCCAUAUAUUUAUUAAGCAAAACCAAAGAUGGAUUAAAUAUUGGAAACGACCAUUAAUCACUAACAAUACUAUAACAUAAGAAAAUGCGUACAAUUAUGCCAGUUCAUGGUUUUCCCUCAUAAAACUGCGACCAUAGUGACGAAAUGUACGUUUGCUAAUUAUUAAGGAAAAAAAAUAAAUAGGUUUUAUUACUCAUAAUUAAUCUGUCGGCUUUACCACCUGAUGGAAGUAGGUAUGUUCCAAUUGUGAAUUUUAUUUAUUACGUAAUUGGAUUUUUUUCAGGCUGUGAACUGUAUGUUAAUAAGUUUAGUUAAUUUCUGCACACUGCAACCUUUUAGUCGGCCGAUAGUUGAAGAAAAUCUUGACUCCAAUCUUUUCAGUCGGUCUGAUACCGGCUAAAUAUCUUUGUAAUGUGUGUACUACCAUUCAUCUUCAUACCGAUUUAUGAGCCCAAACAAACUGUCGGCCGACUAAAAGUUUGCAGUGUGCAGGUACUCUAAAACUGAGUUUCUAUCAUAUUCGUGUCUAACGUUAAAAUUUACCGAUUGUACUAAAAUUUUCAGUAUUUCAGUAAUUUCUAUUACUUAUCCUAACACAUACACUUUUUUUUUUGCUAUAGGUAUAUCGGGAACUGUUGAUACGAAUUGUAACAUUCUAUUCCAUAGAAAAGCUAGAUAUUCGGCUGUGCCAUAGAAUAUAUUUUAUUAUUAAUUUUAAUUAUAUAUUAAUUAAUGUGCCAUUAAAUUAUUUAUUUAUGUGUUAAGGUACUUUUUGAAUGCGUAUGCGUUCACAACGUACCUUUAUUAUGUUCCUUUUAUUAUGUACCUAGGUACCCAUUAUAUUGCGACAAAUGUAUGAAUGAUUUAAAAUAGUAUUUGGCCAUAGCAAAAGUUGAUGUUAUAUGUAUUAAAGAGACAAGUAAAAAAUGUAUUUGUGUCAGUCCACGGCAAAAGGUAUCUUAUGGGUAAUGGCACUUAAGAUUAUGUUUCUAUAGUCUAAGCAAAACUUGUGCAAUUUUUGUUUCUAAAUAACUUAAGCGCCAAAGUACAUAAGGUAGCUUUUUUCAUGGAAGGAUACAUUAAUUAUGAAGAAGUAUGGUUGAAUGAAGAUAUUUUAAUGCAAUAGUGUUAGUUACAACCAGUAUUAUAGAUUAAACUAUUUAAUUAGUUUUAUUUUAUUUAUGACUACUAGGUAUGUAUUAUUUUAAUAUUGUGUAUUUAGAAAAUUGGAAUUGAAAAUGGAAACUGAUCUGAAAAAUUCAUGUAUUAUUCAAAGUAAAAUAUACUCCUUGUAUUUUAA